AUGGCCCUCGAUGAACUAUCCAAGAACAUCAGCCUUACGGUAUCCAAGGGCAACGAUUCCCUUUUCCACCUUUGCUGGCGACGACAAUCCUGCUCGCAAUGCCUGGCAGACGACGUGAGCUGCAGUUGGUGCGCAAUAUCGUCUACCUGUGUUCCAAAUCCAGGACGGAUCCCAAUAUUAGCUCCCAUCGGAUCCGAUCAGAUCUGUCCGCUUGGAUCGAAAGAACGAUGGGAACUGCGGGCGCGCCCGCUAGGAUGUAACGCGAGCACCUUGACUGUUCUGUCGGUUAUGAUAUCUAUAUCAGGAACUUUGGCUUUAUUUGCUAUUUCAGUACUGAUUAUCUGGUUGGUGAAGCGGGUUCGGCGGCGGAUGAAACAGACGGAGUAUGAGCGCUUGGACGAGGAUUCUCAGAAUUCACCUUGGCUUGGUUGGCUCGAUUGGGCAUCCUUGUUUUCAUUGGGUGGUCUCUUUAGCCAGGGGGAGACGCAGACCGAGACACAGGGGCAAGGGGCUAAUCAAGCUUUGGCGGAUGAAGGCCAGGAGGAUCCCGAGACACGGCCAUUGCUCGCAUAA